AUGCCUUCCCUCCUCGUUUGCUCCCUCAUCCUGACGAUGAGCUCUCUCUUCCUCCGUUCUGCAGCCGACGAUCCCCUCCACAGUAAAUGCAACAAUGACAGGAACUACACCAAUAACAGUACCUACCAGGCCAACCUCGGCCGCCUCAUCUCCUCCCUCUCUUUGUCGGCCCCGGCCACCGGCUUCGCCAACGGCACAGCCGGUGAGGUUCCCGACAGGGUUUACGGCCUCGCGAUAUGCCGAGGGGACGUCAGUGACACCAGGUGCCGGGAAUGCCUCGCCGGUGUCCCCCGGGACGCCGCAGCGGGAUGUCCUGGAAACAAGGCGGCCACCGUCUUCUACGAGUUAUGCCACCUGCGUUACUCCGACCAGGACUUCUUCGGCUCAUCCACAGGGGCGGAAUACCUGAAGUGGAAUAGGGGAAACGUCUCGGACGUCCCCACCUUCGAUCGCCUACUGGGAGAGCUCCUGGACAACCUGACCAUACGCGCCGCCUCGUCGGAGAGGAGAUUCGCCGCCGGGUCGGUGGACUUCACCAACUACGAGAAGGUAUACGCGCUUGUCCAGUGCACCAGAGAUUUAGCGGCGGAGAGAUGCGAUGUCUGUCUGCGAAACGAGAUCAACUAUAUUCCCGAGUGCUGUGAGGCAAAAAAGGGGGCGAGAGUGAUUGGGGGAAGCUGCUACCUCCGGUACGAGGUGUAUCCCUUCUUUAAUAUCUCCGCUGCCACCGACCCGCCGCCGCCUCGUCCUCCUCCUCCGGUACUGCGUCAUACGUCUCCGCCGCCCGCCGGGACCCCCGCUGCAGGAGGUAAAGGCUAG